AUGCCCGGUGCGGCGCUGUUGGAAGAACCCGGCGCACCGACUCGGAGCCGCGACGGCGACAGGAACGGCCCGGCCAUCGUGGAUACGCCGUCCGUCACGGCGGUGACGCCGGCUCUCGACGCGGCGACAGCGACGCGGCAGCCGUCAAUGCUUCCACGCCGCAUCCCACGGCCAACCCCUCCCGCCGCUCCCCUGCGUGCUCCCCCGGCGACGACGGAACGCAGCCGGCCUGGCGCAGCGCGCACGUCGGCGGGUUCAGAUCCGGAUCUGGAUGAGCCACCCAAGAAGCGCCACCGUCCGUCCGAUGACUGCGGCGGUGAUCGCGGCGGUGAUCGCGGCGGUGAUCGCGGCGGCGCUCCUGAUGUCGCCGGUCAAGAGCGUGCUGGUGGAGACUCAGCCGCCGCGGCCGCCGCCGUCGCCGCCGCCGCCGUCACUGCUGCACCUGGUACUAGCAGCGCAGCAGCUUUUGGGGCCGCGGCAGUGCGGAUGAUAGCACCUGGGGCAUUCCCUGCUGCUGCGUCUCCCUUCCCCUCCUCCUCCUUCGCUUCCCGCUGGCCCAUCCUCUCCGCACCCUUCGUCGCCGCACACUCUCCUGUGAAAGCUUCUCGUCUGCUCACCACCACUGGUAAAAACGCCCAUUCCUUGCAGCAAAUGCUACCUGCGGCUGGGAUUUCCCGUCCCUCCGCUGCCACCACUGCGAGUGGCGCCACUGCUGCUGAUGCCGCUACAACUGGGGCAGCGGCAGCUGUAGGUGCAGCAGCAGCCAACUUUAUCCCCUCCACAGCAGGAGCGACACGAGCAGGAGCGGCGCCACGGGUGGUGCCGUUGCCGUUACCCGCUCCUGUGGUUCUCGGUGUGCCAGUGCCAUCCUCUGUGAUCCUAGCAAUGUCGCGUGGAGCGACAGCGUCAGCGACAGCCACAGCAGAUCCGUCCACAGCUGAAGCAGCAGCAACUCUAGCAACCGCUGUGUCGGAUGGGCGAGGGAUGGGGUGGGCAGGCGGCGCCGCAUCAGCAGCAGGGGGUUGCGGAGCGAUGCUGACGCCGCUGAAGCGCAAGAGAGGGCGACCAUCUAAAAAGGACCGAGCAGAGCAGUCACGCCUCUUCCUGCAGCAGCAGCAGCGGGAGAAAGCAGCUGUCUCUGCCGCUGCAGCAGCCGCGUUGGGAUCAGCGUCAGCAAGGGCUCUAUCCGCUCGCUUGGGCUUGGCAGGGAGUGCAUCGAUUGCGGGCUAUGCGUCGUCGUUUGCUGACUGCUCCCUUUCAGACUCCAAUGCUGCAGUCCCCUGUUUCCCAUCCCCCGCUGCUGCUCCAGUCAGCGUUUUUACCAACACAAGGUUUCCAGCUGCUGCUACUGCUACUGCUGCUACUGCUGCUACUGCUGCUGCUGCUGCUACUGCUGCUGCUGCUGCUGCUGCUGCUGCUGCUGCUGCUGCUGCUACUGUUGCUUCUUCUGCUGCCGCCGCCACUGCUGCAGGUGCUGCGGCCGCUACUGCAGGUGGCGCCAGCGCUGCAGCAGCCAACAUGCACCUUCCGUUUGCUGCACUGACGAAAAACCAGUCCGUCUGCUCCCCCACGCCUCCGCACCCUGCAGCACUGCUCACUGCUGCUCCUGACGCCUUUGCCGGGUUGAGAGCGGAAGUGUUUGCGGGCAUGGCCUGUGUGCCUGGCGCAGUGGCGCUAGGCUUUCCCUGUGCUCCGCUGACUGCAGAGAUGCAAGCCUGUGCUGCCAAGGGCUUGGUGGGACAAACAGGGCUGUUGGGUUUGUACGGAAGGAAUGCUGUUCUGGCUUCCGGUGCUGCUGCGACCAACGGUGCUGCUGCUGCUGGCGCUCUUGCAGCAGGCAUGAGCACAGGCAGCGGCAGUCAGGGGUGGAUGCUGCCGCACAUGUUCCCCCUGGUGCCGCCUCAGGUGUUGCCUCAGGUGUUGCCGCAGUUGUUACUGCGCGGUCAGUUCCUGUUACCAGGCACCAGCAAUGUAUGUAAAAACUAUUUCCCACCGUUACUCCCGCCUCUGCAUGCCAGUCUGCCUCAAAGCCUGCAACCCCCCUCAGGGCAGCACGGCACAGCCGGUGGUUCAAGGCAGGACGCACCUGCUGGUCCUGUCGAAACAGCAGCAGCAGCCGCAGCAGCAGCCGCAGCAGCACGAGGAGGAGGAAGAGGAGGAGGAGAUGUGGCUGCACCUGCUGCUGCGGCCAGGUUUUCAGCAACUGCAACAACAGCGGCACCGGAAGCGGCAGCGGAGAUUGGAGGAGCGACAGCUGCAGCAGCAGCAGCAGCAGCCGGUGAAGGUGGGGAGACGGAAACAAGAGGAGAGGCAGUGGAGGCUGAGGGGGACGGUUGGAGAGAGAGGAGAGGGGUGCAUGGGCAACGAGGGAGGGAGGAGGAGGAUGAGUCAGAAGGAGGAGGUGAGGGGGAGGAUGAUGAGUGGAAGAGCGAGGAGGAGGAGGGGGAGGAAGAGGAGGAGGAAGACGAGAGGGGAGGAGAGGAGCAAUGGGAGGAGGGGGGCGUGACGGAACGAGGGGUUGCUGAUGCUGCGCCUGCUGCUGUUGCUGUUGCCUGUGCUGCUGUGCACUCUCCUCCGUUGUUCCCAGCAUGGCGCCAGUCAGGCGCAGUGCUGGCAAGAAACGCUGGUGGCGCUGGCGCUGGUGGCGUGGGCGGUGGUGGCGCGGGUGCGGACAAGUCAGAGGCUGGGAGUUGCGGUGGCGGGAAUAGCAUAGUUCGAGUCCCUGCAUUGGCUCAUGUGCACAAAGCUGCGAAAGCAGCUCAUGCGGGGGUUGAUAAAGGGCAAAGAAGGGUAACUAACGAGGCUCGUCAGGAGGACAACGAAGGGGUGAAGCAGGGGGUGAAGGGAGGAUAUAAAGCAGGUGGUGAGAGGGCCUUACGGCCUGUUCAAGGGUCUGUGCGGAGUGGGUCUUCAGGCAGUUGUGGUGAGCAGAGAGAGCGGCUAGGCGUGGGUAGCACUGGCGGUGUGAGCAGGAGGAGAAUGGCAGAGGAGGAAGACGAGGAGGAGGAAGAGUAUGGGGAGGAGGAGGAGAAGGAGGAUGAGGAGGAGGCGGAGGAGGAGAAGGAAGGAAAGCAGCAGGAGGAAGAGGAGGUGGAUUCGGGGGGAAGUAGCGAAUUGAGAGAAGCAGCAGCAAAAAGAGGAGCAAGAGGGGGAGGCAAAACGAGACGGGGGACGAAAGCAGGCAAGGCACGAGAGGGCCGUGCAGCACUGACAGCAACAACAACAGCAGCAGCAGCAGCAGCAGCAGCAGCGCCAAAACCGUCGUCAGGUGCUGUGCCUGCGCUGGACUGGAUGUUACUGCAGAUGCGGUCGCGCGUUGCAUUGCCUGUAGAGGCUCUUCAAGAACAGGCGGAUGAAUGCUGCCCUGCCGUGCUGGCGCGAGCGACUUUUGAGGCGCCCCAAACGGUGUUAAAAGCACAGGCGCAUGAACGCCGACCUGCUGUGCUGGGGCGAGUGGGGGAGGGAGUCAGGGAGGGAGGGAGAGGGAGCGGGGAGAGGGCGAGGGAGGUGGCGAAGGAGUGGUGCAGGGAGAGGGACAGGUUGGAGGAGAGUUACGGGAAGAGGGAGGCGGGGAGGAAGGAGAAGAGGGAGUGGGAGAGGACGAUUGGGAGGGAGUGGGACGGGAAGAUGGGGAGAGAGAGUGGGGUGGAGAGAGAAGGGGCGAGUGGAAGGGAGAAAGGGAGUGAUGGUGGGAUGAAGGGGUAUGAGGGGGAGGGGAUGACCAGGCACAGGAGAAAGAGCAGGCGGGUUUGUGGGGGGAAGGAAACUGGAGAAGCCAGGGAAGGAUUGGAUGAUGAGGCGGCAAGAGAACAGGGAGAGAGGCGUAGUGGGGACCAGUGGAGAGGAGCUGAGAGGCGGAUGCAGAGGAGGAGUAGAGAGGUGGAGAGUGUUGGGGAUUAUGGCCUGGAUGCUGGUGCUGCUGCUGCCACUGCUGCUGCUGCUGGUGGUGCUGGUGCUGUUGCUGCUACUCCUUGUCCAUUCAUCUCGCCCCAUCCUGUCGCUCCUGCCUCUAUUGCUGCGGCUGCCAUCGCAGCAGCGGCAGCAGAGGCAGCAGAAGCAGAAGCCAAGGCCUUUCCCCUGUCGUUCUUCCCAGCAGCACGCAGUGCAGCCGCUUCUGUGUCUGCCUCUCUCUCUGUCAACGGUCGCCCCGCGCCUCCUCCUCCCCCUCCUCCGCCACCGCCCCCUCCUGCUCAUGUUCCUGCUCCCCCUCCCGCUUCUGCUCUUCCGGCUGCUCCUCCUGCUUUUCCUCACCCUAUUUUUCACAGCACAGCCUCGCCCUCCUUCUUUGGUUCGUCUGCCACUGCUGCUGCCGCUGUAGCAGCAGCUGCUGCUGCAACAGCUAGCACCUACGGACUUCAGCAGCACAACCCAGUCCUGCCUUUCCUCUCCCCUUCUCUUCUCCAGCAACACCCGUCACUUUUCUCCUCCUGGCCUGCACCUGUUUCCGCUGCGCCGUACCAGUCUUCUGCUUGGUGUGAGGCAUUCAAAGCAGCGGCAGCAGCAGCUGCUGCUGCAUCGGCAGCAGGGGCAUGGGGGGGAACAGGUGUGGGUGGGGCAGGGGUGUUUGGAAAUCCCGGUUUAAUUGCGAACAUAGCAGCGAAUGCGAAUGCGAACGCUAAUGAGAUUGUGCGAGAUGGACAGGUGGGAAGUUUUGAUUGGCAGAGAGGAGGCAGGGGAGGAUCAGGAGCAGGACUAGCGGAAGCAAUGGCUGCGCUUCAUCGGCAGCAGGAGAGGCUGAAAGGGGUGCUGGAGAAGGGAAGGAAGGGGUUUAUACAGAGAGGGGAAGCGAGCGAGAGGCAAGAAGAUAGGUGGGAUGAUGCGGGUGAAGUGAGGAAGGGAGAGGGUGGGAGGAGGGAGAGUUCUAGGCGAAAUGAGUGGGAAAGGAAUGACCGUGUAGGAAGGGGAAUGGGUGGCCAGGUUGCUGCUUUCGAUUCCGCGGCUGCUUCUGCUGCUGCUUCUGCUGCUGCUGUGAGGGGCUUGUCUCCUUGGAAUCGUGUUGUUCCCAGCCAUGACCCUCCCAUCCAUCCGGCACUUUUGAGGCAGGCGUUGCUGCGUAGCUGGACUGCUGCCAACAACUCUCCUGCUGCUGCUGCUGCUGCUGCUGCUGCUGCUGCUGCUGCUGCUGGGCUGAACGCAUGGAACAGCAGCGACAACGCUGGUGGUAAUGCGUUGGGAGGGGUGGGGAGAGCGGUGGAGACAGGAGGGACGAGGCCUGAAAGAUGGCUGGGGGGAGCUGAGGAAGAGGGGGGGCACGUUAGAGAGGAGGAGUGGAGUGAGGAGGAGGAGGAGGAGGAGGAGGAGGAGGAGGAGGAGGAGGAGGAGGGGGGGGAGGAGGAGUUAGAGGAAACGGAGGGAGAGGUCAAGAGGCGGGGAGUGGCAGAGGAGCGGUGUGAGAAACGAGACGGCGGUGUGGGAUGCGCUACUUUACCCGGGUGGGAGGAGUGGGAAGGCGUGGCAGCAGCACAGGACCGCGUGUGGACUGGUGCUCGGUUCAACAGUGCCCGGCCUGCUUCCAUCACCCGUGGAUCUGCAGCGGUGGCUGGAGCUGCACUUCAGUCUCAUGUGAACCGCCUCACCACUGACAAUCCUGCUGCUGCUGCUGCUGCUGCUGCUGCUGCUGCUCCUCCUCCUCCUCCUCCGCCUGCUGCUGCCUCUGCUCUGCCUGCCGCUGCGAGUGAGCGUAGGAACAGCCUGCCCGCCCAAGGGGUACUUUCGUUCCUGGGAGACGCCUCGGCGCUUGCACCUGUCGCAGGCGCGGCAAAGGGAGAGCAGCAGCGGGUGGCUGCACCCCCGCGGUCGCUGCAGCGGUGGGGCUUUAGUGGAGUAGUCCAGGAGAUGGAGAGCUGCUGGGUGGGAGGGGAUGAUGGCUAUGCGCAGAGGAAACUCUUGGACGAGAGGACAGCAGAGGUGGGGGUGGACAAGGGUCUUAGGUCGCGGGUGAUGGGAGAGGCAGGGAUUAGGGGCAGAGGGGGAGUGGGAGUGCGGGAGAGUGUGUGGGAAGAGGAACGCGUGCUUAAGGCUUGGAACAGCCAGUUGGCUGGUCCGUCUGAAGCUACUGCGCCCCAUGCUGCUUGGCUUGGUGCUGCCUCUCGCGCUGCUGCUCUUGCUCCUGCUGCUCCUGCUCCGGUUGCUGCUCCUGCUGCUGCUGCUGCUGCCGGUCCCACUGCUGGUACUAGAGGCCGUAUUGCGGGUGGCAGUGAAACAGGUGUGACUGCAGCAAACCGCCAGUGCGCAUCCCUGUACACACCACCACCUCCUCCUUCUGACACCUUUCUACGCAAGGUAGCACCUGCAAGGCUGGUGCGUCCGCUUGGAGACAGUGGGCGAGGAAGGGGAACGGGAAGCUCCUGGGGUGGUGCGAUCACGGAUGUUGCUGUCAGCACUGCUGGCUUGACAUCUGCUGCUGCUUCUGUUCCCGCUGCUGCUGCUCCUUUUCGGUCAGUUUCAGGUGAUGCUCCUAUGGGAAGAAGUAGAGACCAGUACGCUGGUGCAGGUUUGGGAUGUCUGCAGCACCCAGGUGGGGGAAUGGCAACCACCAGUUUGCCACACGUGGCUGGUAUGCAAGAGCUCCUUUUUGGAAAUCGUGUGCAGGCCAUGCAGAAUACAGGCCAAGGCGGUCUUGGUGGGCACGAUGGCAAUAAGGGAGCUUAUUCUUGGGUGCUACGGAGGGGAGGGAUAGGGAGUGGUUGGGGUAGGGCAGAAGAGCAGGAUGCCUUGGAGAAUCAAAGAAGAGUGAAUAGCAAGGAGGAGAACGAGGAGAAUGACUUGCAAGAGGCAGUGAGAGUUGCAAGGGCGGCUGCUGGUGCAGUGGAUCUGACAUUGAAGCUUUGA